GCAGCGAGCUGCGGAGCGGCACUGCCCGGCACCAUGCGCUCCGCCGCCGCCUUCUGCCGCAUCCUCCUCCUCCUCCUCCUCCUGCCGCCGCCGCCCGCCGCCGCCUACUUCGGCCUGACGGGGAAAGAAGCUCUGACCCACUUCCCAUCCCUGGGACCCUCCACAAACUCUGCCCAGGGGAAGGUCCACGUGAAGCAGUGUGACUUGCUGAAGCUGUCCCGCAAGCAGAAGAGGCUGUGCCGGAGGGAGCCUGGCUUGGCAGAGACCUUGCGGGAUGCCAUCCGGCUUGGGAUCAUGGAGUGCCAGUACCAGUUUCGCAGCGAGCGCUGGAACUGCAGCCUGGAGGGACGGACCAGCCUGCUGAAGCGAGGUUUUAAGGAAACUGCCUUCCUCUACGCAGUGUCCUCUGCAGCUCUCACCCACUCCUUGGCCAGAGCGUGUAGUGCUGGGCGCAUGGAGCGCUGCACUUGCGAUGACUCCCCAGACCUGGAGAACCGCAAGGCCUGGCAAUGGGGUGUUUGUGGAGACAACCUCAAAUAUAGCACCAAGUUCCUGAAAAAAUUCUUGGGUCAGAAGAGGAUUGGCAAAGACCUGCGGGCCAAGGUGGACAUCCACAACACCAAUGUUGGCAUCAAGGCUGUGAAAAAUGGUCUCAAAACCACAUGCAAGUGCCAUGGUGUCUCCGGCUCAUGUGCUGUCCGGACGUGCUGGAAGCAGCUUUCACCUUUCCAUGAGAUUGGACGACUGCUGAAGCUGCGCUACGAUGAUGCCGUCAAGGUCUUCAGCACCACCAAUGAUGCUGUGGGACACUCAGAGCUGGCUGGCCCACAGAGACAAAGCCAUUCCUCCAAGCACCCUGCUUCACCACGCUCUACUGACCUGGUGUAUGUGGAAGACUCUCCCAGUUUCUGUCGUCCCAGCAAAUACUCCCUGGGAACUGCUGGGAGGACCUGCUCUCGGGAAGGCAACUGUGACAGCAUGUGCUGUGGACGAGGUUAUAACACCCAGAGCCGGCUGGUUACCUUCUCUUGCCACUGCCAGGUGCAGUGGUGUUGCUAUGUUGAGUGCCAACAGUGCAUGCAGGAAGAGGUGGUCUACAGCUGCAAGCAGUAAAGACAGUGCUAGAGGGUCAAGACAAGUCCGAGAUUACAAGGAAGCAGUAGGGAGAGAGAGACAUGAUUCUCUGCUGUGGGGUGAGGGCAAAGGCAA